UCUCCAUCGCUCGGUCCUGACUCAGACAAACACUAUACCUGCUAUCACUCCUCACCAUAAAAGCACCAACACACACUGACACACACAACCGAGUCAAUAGCUUCACACUAAAACACACAGAUACACACAGAGAGAUAGAGAGAGAGAGAGUCACAGAGAGGAUGAGUGGAGAGGAGAAGGUGGUGUGUGUGACUGGAGCUUCGGGUUACAUAGCAUCAUGGCUUGUCAAGCACCUGCUCCAACGUGGGUACACUGUAAAAGCUACAGUUCGUGAUACAAAUGAUCCGAAGAAAACAGAGCAUUUACUUUCACUUGAUGGGGCUAAAGAAAGACUUCAGUUAUUCAAAGCAGAUUUACUAGAAGAAGGAUCUUUUGAUUCUGCUGUUGAUGGAUGCCAAGGUGUUUUUCACACAGCAUCCCCCGUUAGUCUCACUGCCAGUGACCCACAGUCACAAUUAAUUGAUCCGGCAGUGAAGGGCACACUUAACGUUCUUCGAUCACGUGCAAAAGUUCAUUCUAUCAAGAGAGUGGUUGUAACAUCUUCUAUGACUGCAGUUAUGUUCAACAAAAAACCACUGACUCCCAAUGUGGUUAUUGACGAGACGUGGUUUUCGGAUCCAGUUGCUUGUGAGGAGUUGAAGCAAUGGUAUAUGAUUGCAAAGACCUUGGCUGAGGAGGCUGCUUGGACAUUUGCUAAAGAGAAUGGCAUAGACUUGGUAACAAUAAAUCCAGGCUUUGUAAUUGGCCCACUCAUUCAGCCAACUCUUACCUUUAGUCUUGAGGGGUUUUUGAAGAUCAUACAUGGAACUCAAACAUUCCCUGAUGGAAUAUACAGACUUGUUGAUGUUAGAGAUGUUGCAAAUGCACAUAUUCAGGCAUUUGAGAAUCCUGUUGCUAAUGGGAGAUAUUGUAUAGUUGGAGGAGUUACACACUAUUCUGAAGUUUUCAAGAUAUUGCGCAAAUUUUACCCUAGUUUGCAGCUUCCUGAAAAAAGUGAAGAUGACAAGCCUUUGCAGCCAUUAUACAAGAUAUCCCAAGACAAGGCCAGAAGUUUGGGUAUUAACUUCACUCCUUUGGAAGUGAGUGUUAGGGACACUGUUGAAAGCUUUAAGGAGAACGGCAUCAUCACUAUUUGAAUUAUCUUAUUAAAAGGGAAGUGAUGCUAAUAAGUACAAAUAAAUUGUGUAUUGCUCAUCUUGACCGGUGUUUGUUGGGCUUGAAUGCUCCCAUUGGAUUAAGAUUUAUAACUGUAAUGCUUUUGGAAAUAUUAUAGCUGCACAACUUAUAAAUCAAGUUUCACUCAAUCAGAAAUGAGACAUUGAA